AUGCAAUACAAAAAAGUUUUAGCUACUGCUGUAAUUUCAACAACUGCUCUAUCCGCAUAUGUUCCAAGUGAACCUUGGACUACUUUGACACCAACUGCUACUUACAGCGGUGGGAUCACAGACUAUUCCUCAUCUUUUGGCAUUGCUGUUCAACCAAUUUCCACUUCUACUGCAUUAGCUAAAAGAGCCAAGACCACUGCCGAAGCUGUCUCUCAAAUUGGAGAUGGUCAAAUUCAAGCCACUACAGCAACCAGCACUAGCAAGAAGACCAAGACAACAGCGGCCGCUGUCUCACAAAUUGGUGAUGGUCAAAUUCAGGCUGCCACCAGUACUUCAUCAUCAAGUACCAAGACAAAGACAACUGCUACUGCUGUAUCACAAAUAGGUGAUGGCCAAAUUCAAGCCGCUACUAGUACCACUCAAAGCAAAGUCAGCGCUGCAGCUGUCUCUCAAAUAGGUGAUGGUCAAAUACAGGCCUCUACUUUGACAUCUUCUUCCACCUCUGCAACUAAAAAAGACAAAUCCUCUUCAACUUCUACUUCAACUUCUACUUCAGCAGCAACUUCGGAAAGUUCUUCCUCAUCCAGCGACCCAGUUAGUGCAGUUUCAUGCAAGAAUAACGGUACUUUAGCAAUGACACUAGACGGUAGUAUAUUGACCGAUGAAAAGGGUAGAAUUGGUUCCAUCGUUGCCAACAGACAGUUCCAAUUCGAUGGUCCACCACCACAAGCCGGUGCUAUCUAUGCUGCAGGUUGGUCCAUUACUCCAGAUGGUAACUUAGCCAUUGGUGACAAUGAUGUCUUUUACGAAUGUCUAUCUGGUGACUUCUACAACUUGUAUGAUGAGAGUAUUGGUUCUCAAUGUUCACCAAUUCACUUAGAAGUUGUAGAUUUAGUCGAUUGCUGA